CUUGCCGAAGAGAAAGCGGAAGCGGCGGCGCAGGAGGCUGCCGGCUCUGUUUCUGCCCGUCCUUCCCAAAAGCAGAAGGACGAUGGCAGAAGGAGGCGGACGUGCCCCGACGCCGUAUAGCCACGACCGGCGCUUGGGCGAGCUGGGCGGUGGCACCCAAGCCUCGCAGCGGCUCUUGGCUUACAGCGAUGCGCUCUUCUCCAUCAUCGCCACCGUCAUGAUUUUACCUGUGGCUCAUACAAAGAUACAUUCAGAUGAGAAACUUGGAGAAAGUGUCCAGCAGCUGCUAGCCACCAAAAUUGCUGUUUAUCUGAUGACCUUUUUAAUAGUAACUGUUGCUUGGGCAGCUCAUGUGAGACUUUUUCAGGUGGUUGAACUCAUUGAUGAUGUACUGGCCCUUGCAAAUUUGGCAUGCAUGAUGAGCAUUACUUUUUUGCCAUAUACAUUUUCCUUAAUGGCGUCUUUUCCUGAAGAACCAUUUGGACUUUUUAUGUUUAGUAGCUGUGCUGUUAUAAUUGGUGUCAUCCAGGCGAUGAUUGUAUUGUACGGCUUCAGACAUUCAUAUCUACUGAAUCAUCAGAUACAGGAAUCUGAAAAUAAGGCAUUUUAUAAAUACCAUAUCUUAAAGAUUAUCCUGAGAGGACCAACGCUGAGCUUUUUGGCUGCCAUUUUCUCAUUUUUCUUCUUUCCAUUGUCGUACAUGUUUCUUGGGCUCAUUGUUUUUUUCCCACUUCUCAGCCAUCUAACCAAAUGGUUUAGAAGCAGAAUUCUUGGUCAAGAGGAGGAACUCCCUGUAGAGUAUUUUACUUCUUAUCUUAAGGAACCCCUGAGUAAGGAACGAGUGGAAACCUUCAGUGAUGGAGUUUAUGCAAUUGUUGCAACUCUGUUAAUUCUGGACAUAUGUGAAGAUAAUGUUCCUGAUGAGAACAUGGUUAAAGAGAAAUACAGUGGUCAUCUUGCUGAAGCGCUGAGAGAAUUUGGUCCAAGUUUCCUUGCCUACUUCGGAUCGUUUGUAACCAUUGGUCUUCUCUGGUUUGUCCAUCAUUCGCUCUUUCUCCAUGUGACAAAAGCCACGCGACUGAUGACCCUACUUAAUACCCUUUCUUUGGCUUUUAUUGGCGGACUGCCUCUCGCUUACCAGCUGACCAGCGAGUUUGCCGAGAAGUCAUACAACGAAAUAGAAGCCAUUCAGAUUAGCUGCGUUACCAUUUUUUUUGCGAGCAUCUUCCAGUUCAGCAUAUGGAUUGCUGCCCUCUUUCACGAAGUCGAAACAUUGCAUCCUUUUGCUCGGUACGGUGGCAAAGAGCACGCCUUCAUGUUUGCAAAGCUUUCUCUCUACCCCUGCGUGAGCCUUACAGUCUUCUGCCUGACCUGCGUGGUGAGCGAGCUAAGUACGACUAUUUUUCAUCUCACGCAAAUAAUCGUCCCAUUUGCUUUUCUGGUAUUACGCAUCCUUGUCAGAAUUGGCUUGAUGAUACUGAAGUAUAUAAUGUCACUGUCCAGGUCAAAGAACAAUGUUUUAGAAGAAGAAGAAGCCUGUUUAUCCCCAGCCGAUACGCUCUCAUAGUUUUCCCUGCACUUUACAUGGAAAAUCAAGAAACUUCUGCAAACUGGAGAAUUCAGGACUCAGCUAAAACUGAAUUGUUCCUUUCUUUAGGGAUGUUCAGCUUUUCUUUUUAUUCAUGGACUGGCAUCUGGAGCAGUGAGUGUGGCUAGAAUGCACAUCACCUCAAUAGCUUCAUUGAUCAUAGAUGAUUAGUGAGGAAUCAUAAGAUACUUGGGAGAAAAUAAUGGCGUUAGCAGUUUCUUGGGAAGUGCCAUUUGUCAUAGCCAGUAAAAGUGAUAAUAUGAAUGUCCUUAUUCAUUCUGUGGCCAUUAAGUGACCUGGAGGAUGUAUUAACCUGCUAAAUAAUUCCAUGUGUGUCUUGAAUUUUAACCGUAACAGCUGCUGUCUAAUGUGUGUAAUCUAGCAAAUCAGUAUAAAGUAACAUGAUUAGCUGAACAAACGAAUUAUGAGUCAACAAAUUACUAUCAAGUUACUCAAAGAAGCAAUUCAUUCAGCACUGGCAACUUCUUAAAGAAACCUGUAUGUUUAGCAUGCUAAAUGUUCAGAGAAUAUUUAGAAAGAGUUGGCUGUCAGUAUAACCAAAGUUUGCUGGAACUAUCACUUGAUGAGGGGAUAUUUAGGGUAUAGGGUUGUCCCAUUAUUGCCUCAAUAAUGCGACAAGCCUACAUCAUAAGUAUCCCUUAGUAUCCCAUAAGUAUUUGGGUUUAAUAGCCAUAACUUUAUUAAUGUAACUUUCAGAAAAUAAAUUAAUAUUAUUGUGAUGCUGUAUUAUAACCAAGUCAUUUGGCAUUUAUCAGUGGAUGAAGAGUGAUGAAUGAGGCAAGGAAGAUCAUUCUGUUAUGAUGGGAAGAUAGAACUUAAAAUAGUCUUUGGAAUAUGAUGACAAUUGGGACCGGGAACUCUUUUGCUAAACAGCGCAGUUAUAAAGUGUGACAUCACAUGACUAUAUCACUUAGCAACUAUGUCACUUGGCAAGGUUAUUAAGCAAUUCUGGCAGUCCCAGUUACUGUUGUUAAAGGGGGACCAUGUGGGUCAUUAAGUGAGGACUUUGCAUGACUUUGGCUUCUAACUUCCUGGCAGCUUCCUCAACUGAGCAAGAGACAAAACAAAUUUGCCGCCAGCAGAUCUAGCAGUAUACAGUAGAAUCAACAAAUGGAAACUUAUCCAAAUAAAACAUUUACUUAUGGGAAGCUGGCAUGGAACAUCAGAAAUCGCAAAAAAUGCCAAGCUUGUAAUCUUGUAAUCAUAGAACCGUGGUGGCGCAGUGGUUAGUAUGCAAUAUUGUAAGCUAAUUCUGCCACUGCCAACAAUUCGAUUCUUAUAGGCUCAUGAUUGACUCAGCAUUCCAUCCUUCCGAGGUCGGUAAAAUAAGGACCCAGAUUGUUGGGAGCAAUAUGCUGACUCUGUAAACUGCUUAGCCUUAGAGAGAGCUGUAAAGCACAAUGAAGCGGUAUAUAAGUCUAAGUGUUAUUGGUAGUGCUAUGUGAACACAGGGAUGCUGCAAGGAUUUGAACUCCAAGGACCUGUUGUAAGUUUUACUUGUUUAGUACCAUUAUAACUGUGAAUGGUUGCUGAAUGAAUGGUCAUGACCUGAGAACUUGUACAAUGCUUGAUGGUAUGCGUUUGUUCUCUGCUUAUGAAUUGAUUCACUGUGGAUGUAAUGAAAGACUUCAUGUUACUCCACGUCCUCAAGGUUAAAUGAUGUGUUUACAAACUGACCUCUUUUCUAUGCAUGCAAUCAUGUGUUUGUCCUUAUACUUUUUUGGUUUAUGUUCAUUUCCAGUUAUUUUUUCCUUAAUGCUUUAUCAUAUUAAUUGUACUUCCGUCAUUUAUUUUUAUUGUUUAUUCCUUUGCUAUUGUUAUGGUUACAUUUUUAUCUUUUUUUCUGUUUUGUUGUUGUAAGCCACCCAGAGUAACCUCACAGCAAAAUAAAUUUAUAAGCAAACAAAUAAAUAAAUAAAUAAAUAAAUGUGCUUUUUAAAAUGUAACUAUUUGAUGCUAGAGCCUUGAAACAUAUAAUCCUUUGGAAUCCUUAUGCUGGUUUUUGAGGAUAGUUGGCUUAUAUCAUAAACGUGAAAUAUUUUCCUAGCUGUGUUUUGUGGGUUUUUUCUUCAGAAUUAUUCUCUGCUCCACUUAACAAGGUUGCUUUCACUAUCAAGCUAUUGGCAUGUCUACAAGUUUGAAAUCUUUUAAUAUUGGCAUUUAAUGUGAGAAUUUUUGCACUAAAUAUUUCUCAAUAGAAACUCGUCGUUACUCAAAAAAAAUAAUAAAAUAAUAAUAAUAAUAAUAAUAAUGAAUGAAUAGUAGGACUUCAAAAGCAUUACAGAGGCAAGCUGUCAAGUAUCUUGUUUUCUUUUUUCAUCGCACUAUACUAUAUAAAUGAAAAAUGAAUUUACAGUACUGCACUAAACUGUAUUUAUGAGAUAUGGUAUAAUCUGAGAUUUGAGAUUGAAUAACAACAUAAAAUACUAAGAUCCAACUAUAGUUCCUGAAAGCUCUUUGGUCCUUUAUUAUUCAACCUCUGUGUUCAUUGAAUGGAAUAUUUUAUUUUUUUAAUUAAAUGUUACAAUUAUUAAGAGUUAGUAUCUCAUAUUAUUUUAGUGUUCCUUCUCAAAAUGUCUUUGAAACUAUUUCAAAUAAAACCUA